CUAGGGUUUUGGCAGAUCUUCCUCUUGGGAUCGAUCGAUUGAUUGGUUGUGGCAGGUGGUUGCUGCCACUACUGCCACAGCCAUGGAAACGAUUGAAUCAGCUCAUCAAAGGUAUAGGGAUGGACGAUUUGAUGAAGCCCUUGAGCUUUACACAGCUAUGCUAGAAUCAACAACAUCAUUUACUCACAAGAUUGCUCUCUAUAGCAAUAGAGCUGCAUGUUAUUUGAAGCUCCACCGAUUCAGAGAGGCAGCUGAAGAAUGUGGAGCAGUGUUGGCAAUGGACUGCAACCACACAAGUGUUUUGAUGCUGCGAGCUCAAACACUAAUUGCUUUGAAAGAGUACCAAUCGGCACUGUUCGAUGUAACCAGGCUUCUCGAGAUCAAUCCAAAAGUUCCUGCGUAUAGGGAACUGGAGGCCCGCUUAAGAACACAAAUGUUUUUUUGUGACGAGUUUAUGAUUUUUCACGAACAGACGCUCGCUCCCAUUCCAGAAUGCGAGGAGGAGUGUCCAUCGUCGCCAGCGGCGGAAGCCUUGCAUUCCUUCUCGCCGACCACUGUUCUUCCAAAUGAACAACACAAGGAACUUGAAGAGGCUGAGAACAAGAAAAGUGGCUGCGUUGCUGUUUCAAAGCCCAAAGCACACUCCACCAUAGACUACUCCAAGUGGAACAACAUUGGCGAUGACGAUCAGAGUGACGAGGAUGAAGAAGAAGCUCCUCAGUAUAGAUAUAGAUUACGGACUAUUGGGCUUAGAACUGCUGGAAGUUCUGGAGCUUAAGAGUCUCUUUUCUCUAGCUUUCAAUGCUAAUUUUCGCAAGAAUUUACACUCC